GUGCUUGAUUGACAGAUGGCCAGGUUAAACUACAUUUCCCAGCAGGCCGCGGGGCUGGAGCUCAAAGCCCUAAAGAGGUUUAAAUUCAGAGGAUCAAACGACAGCUGGAGACGAAACACAGCAGAGAGAACGACAGCCGACAUGCCUCUCAAACGAGAAGAUACAGAGCGAGCGCUGCAGGCGAUGGAAGCCUGUCAAUCAGCAGGUGAUGAAGGUUUCAGGAGUCGCGCUGAAAGACUCUUGACCAUCUUUCAGAGUGACCUGUUUCAGGCUCUGCUGGAUAUUCAGGAGUUUUAUGAGCUGACAGUGUUUGAGAAUCAGACGGCAGGUCGAGCACUCACACCAGGACUGAAGUACCGUUAUCAUGAUGAGGAGACUCCUCCGCUGCAGCACAGUCCCGCUCACCUGACCGCAGGAAAGUCCACUGAGAUGCUCCCUGUUAGCGACGCCGGACACGCCCCCAUCGACGGUAUCCACGGUUACACACCCCAGAUGCACGUGUCACCCGCCAAACCGGUGUUGCUCCCCAGCGGUCACGCGCCCUUCUACGCCACUUCGACUCUGAUGAACGGGAUGGACGGAGACGUGGAGUACGAGGAGAUCACACUGGAGAGGGGUAACUCCGGUCUGGGCUUCAGUAUCGCCGGUGGGACUGAUAACCCUCACAUAGGAGACGAUCCCAGUAUCUUCAUCACUAAGAUCAUCCCAGGAGGAGCCGCGGCGCAGGACGGACGGCUGAGGGUGAACGACAGCAUCCUGUUCGUGAAUGACGUGGACGUGCGUGAGGUCACUCACAGUUUCGCGGUGGAGGCGCUGAAGGAGGCGGGGCCGAUCGUGCGGCUCUAUGUGCUGCGACACAAACCGUCUCUGGAGAAAAUCACAGAGCUGAAGCUCAUCAAAGGCCCUAAAGGUCUGGGCUUCAGCAUCGCGGGCGGCGUGGGGAACCAACACGUCCCCGGAGACAACAGCAUCUACGUCACCAAGAUCAUCGAAGGAGGAGCCGCGCAUAAAGACGGCCGGCUGCAGAUCGGAGAUAAAAUCCUCGCUGUGAAUAAUAUGUAUCUAGAGGACGUGAUGCAUGAAGACGCUGUAGCAGCGCUGAAAAACACAGGAGACGUGGUUUAUCUGAGAGUAGCCAAAACUCUUCAUCAUCAAGACGCCUACAAUCCUCCUGACAUCACCAGCUCGUAUUCUCCUCACAUGGACAUGUCUGAUUACCCACAAGCCCUCAGUCCCUUGUCUCCACGCCGCUACUCCCCGAUCCCUAAAGGUCUGCUGCUGGGGGACGAGGACAUUCCCAGGGAGCCGCGGCGAGUGGUCAUUCUCAGGGGUUCCACGGGUUUGGGCUUCAAUAUCGUGGGAGGUGAGGAUGGUGAGGGGAUCUUCAUCUCCUUCAUCCUGACAGGAGGAGCUGCUGAUCUGAGCGGAGAGCUGAGCAAAGGAGAUCAGAUCCUGAGCGUGAAUGGCGUGGAUCUGCGUCAUGCGACUCAUGAACAGGCGGCGGCGGCGCUGAAGAACGCAGGACAGACGGUCACCAUCAUCGCACAGUACAGACCAGAGGAGUACAGCAGGUUUGAGGCGAAGAUUCACGACCUGCGGGAACAGCUGAUGAACAGCAGUUUAGUUUCUGCAGCAGCAUCGUUACGGAGCAGCAAGAGAAGCUUCUUCAUCAGGGCUCUGUUUGACUACGAUAAGACGGCAGACGGUGGCUUCCUGUCGCAGGCGCUGAGCUUCAGGUUUGGAGACGUUCUGCAGGUGUUUGACUGCAGUGAUGAGGAGUGGUGGCAGGCCGGAAAACUGACUCCACACGGAGAGCUGGAGGAGACCGGAUACAUUCCCAGCAAGAGGAGGGUGGAGAGGAAGGAAUGGUCCCGUCUCAAGACGCGAGGCAGAGACGCCGUCGGCGGACACAGCGAAUACAUCGUCAGCUAUGAGACGGUGAUUCAGGCUGAAGUGCACUACGCGCGUCCCGUAAUCAUCCUCGGGCCGAGCAAGGACCGCGUCAAUGACGAUCUGCUCACCGAGUUCCCCGACAAGUUCGGCUCCUGCGUCCCGCACACGACGCGGCCCAAGCGCGACUACGAGGUGGACAGCCGCGACUAUCACUUCGUAUCGUCACGCGAACAGAUGGAGAAAGACAUUCAGAGUCACCGGUUCAUCGAGGCCGGACAGUACAACAACCACCUGUAUGGCACCAGCGUCCAGAGCGUCAGACAGGUGGCAGAGCAGCAGGGGAAACACUGUAUCCUGGAUGUUUCAGCGAAUGCAGUGAGGAGGUUACAGGCUGCCCAACUUCACCCCAUCGCCAUCUUUAUACGACCCUCAUCCCUGCAGAACAUACUAGACAUUAACAAGCGUCUGACGGAGGAACAGGCCCGAAGAGCUUUAGACAGAGCCGUCAAACUGGAGCAGGACUUCAUCGAAUGCUUCUCAGCGAUCGUGGAGGGUGACAGCUUCGAGGAGAUCUACCAUCGCGUGAAGUCUGUGAUCGAGGAACAGUCUGGACCGUAUAUCUGGAUCCCGGCGCGAGAGAGACUGUAAACACACACACACACACACACACUCACUCACUCAUGCGCGUGAGGACUUGCAGCAGGGGCUCAUGGGAGUCUCUGGGUGUGUGUGUGUGUGUGUGUGUGUGUGUGAAGGUCAGUUCACUGCAUCCGGUGCGCUGAAGCUCGUGUCUCGGGAUGAUCUUCAGAUUCACGCCUACAGCUCAUUACAUCGUGUAAAUAUGCGUCUGUGCGCAGAGGACGCUUACCUCAUCGCCAUGGCAACGGUUCAUCAUGGGGUCAGAUAAGGUCAGAAACAGCGACCAAGUGAAAACACCACAGCGCUGUGUGAACUAGCCUUAACGUACGUGUGUGUGUGUGUGUGUGUGUGUGUGUGUGCGCGUGCGUGUCUGUGAGCGAGCCGCUGCUACUGAUGAUGAUGAUGAAGGUGAUCUGUGGGUUGUUUCCAUGGCGAUUGUGAGCUCAGUGAGUGUAACAGUGUCUGAGGCAAUAUAGACAUGAGACAUGAGCACUGAGCACUUUACUAACACACACACACACUCUGACAUGCGUGUGUGUCUCAUUGUGAAGAUGUGUCUCUAUAGGGCUACUGUUUACAUACAAUACACACUUUAACCUGCACAGGGAGAGAAACGCAUGUGUGUGAGAGUGUGUGUGUGUGAGAGUGUGUGUGUGUGUGUGUGAGAGAGAGAGAGAGCGCGUGUGUGUGUGUGUGUGUGUGUGUGUGUGUGUGUGUUAAUUAGUAUUAUUAUUAUUAUUAUUAUAAUUAAUAUUCUACAGCUGUACAUACAGAUUCAGAUGAUCUGAACCAAUGGGGCUUUAAACACAUGAACACUGCACUUCUCUGAGCCAAAACUACCCACAAUCCACCUCUCUGCCCAUACAAACACACUGACGUCACGCUGUACUCAUGCCAACAUCCACAUGACCCAUAAUGCACUGCGCUCAGUCCACAACAUUCAACCAAAGUGUUUUUCUGCUUUAGUUUGUGUGAUUAUGACGUUUGAGUUCGCUUUGUCAUUUCAGACUCAUGUUCACACACCUACAGACGCAUUUAAACCGGUGAAGCGACGGCCGCUCUGUAUAAUGUGAAAUAAAUGGAUUAAUAAAUAUAUUUCCUGUUGUAAACUAGCUACAAUACUGAGAUGACGAUUCAUUAAACUGUUUUAAUAAUU